AUGGCCCCUUCUUCAAAAAAAAAACGGCGGACUCUCACUGGCUGCUGGACAUGUCGACUCAGAAAGGUGAAAUGUGAUAGUGGAAGACCCUUCUGUAAAAGAUGUGAGAAGGCUCGCGUCCAAUGCCAAGGGUAUGAUAUCAAACUGAACUGGCUCGUUCCCUUAAGCAUAGCUCUCGAUGGAAGUUUUCAGCAGCUGGAUGGAUUCACGAGCAAUGCCAAUGACAUUGAAAUUUUGAAAAGAGGGAAGAUAGAUUUCGUGAAGUUUCCUCCCUCAAUGACAUACAGGAGCAUAGAGAUUGAUUCCAUAAUGGAGUCAUUAUCUGAGGAGCAGAUGAUACAUGCUCACUCAAAAUUGAAACGUAUAGGGCCGUUUGCUGUUUUCAGACUGGUUGAGACAGGGAGGAAUAUCUCGGACCGUGGGCACCUGGUAACUCACUCUGGUACCCCUACGCCCAUUAACUACGAUCAGGUGCAAAUUAACUCACUAUCAAAUGUUACCUCGGUGAAAGAAGACAGUGUUUGGAUUGAUCCCAGCUUGCUGACAGCUGCUCAAUUAACAUAUAGAGCGUUGACAGGAAUUUCGGUACCGUCAGAAGUGAGCCUUCACCGCCUGAAGCAAGUGCUAUUCUCGAGAUACUAUGAUAAGGAAGAAACACGCAGCAUCCGGUACUUUUCAAAACUCAAGCAGAAGGAGAGAUCUACUGGUGUCAAGAAAUGUUUGAUUGAACUGUUGAUAGAUAGCGACAUACCCACGCCGCAGAUCCUCGAUGGAGAUAGUACGGAGCUGUUCCACAAGGUAAUCAGCUGCAAGAGCAUACAAAGUCUUGUUUUGUAUUUCACUCAAAAUGCGAGGCAACUUUUGCUUGUAUGUUUCGAGAACGGAUUUAUCCAGAAAAGUUUAAUCCCCAUAGUAUUGAAAUUUUUGGGAGAAGCAUUGAUUGACUUCAAUGACCAAACCAUCGAUGACCAAACACACAACCAUCCAAAGUCCUUAAGAAUGUGUUGCGUGAUGCAAUGUGUUGCCAUGGCUGCCGCCUUCAAAUCAUACUCCAGUUCCGAAGACCUUUCUGCGACUGAAACAGAGAAGUACCUCGGUAUAUGUUUCCGGGCAAGAUCAGCCGCACUACUCUUGAUUUCAUCUUUUUUCGUCAGUCCCAUAAACAGUUCUAUGGAGGGGAACACAAAUGGGGCUAUGGACAAAAACCUCAUAGAGAUGUUUCUUCAUAAGGACCUUGUGAAAGAGCUCACGACUUCUUUGUUGCUUCAGUAUUUUUUGGAUAGCCAUCUUGAUGCAAUAGUUAACUAUGGUUCAAUUUUCAAAGCACUGGAGCAAAUAACAGCUAGUUUGAGCUCUCAUCCUCUGAGUACUGAAAAUGACUGGACAUCAAAGUAUCAAAAGGAUAAGAGCUUGCAAAACAUCUUGAGAUGGGCAACUUACGUUUGGGAAAUCCAUCGUUCCACAAGUACCAUAGACCUUCAGAACUACAGCGUGGAUGGCGAUGAUUAUGCUGACAUAUUAGAUCAUAACUACAACCUGGUUGAGUUCUCUGCAUUUUAUGAUAAGGAGACACCCCCAGAAAACACCAAAAUUCAUAUCAAGCCAAUCAGCAGUGCCGAGGUCAGUGAAGACGAUGACUUUUCCAGUAAUGGGGAGACCCCUCCAAAGAGAUUUGCGAUUCAGUUCAAUUACGAUGAGUCAAGCGACAGCGAAGGUGAGGAAACAGAAGAUCUAAGCGACAGCGCAGAUGUGAGGAAUCAUUCGGGUAAAAAUUUCGGCGUAAUAAUGGAUAAAGAUCACGCCAGUGAGUUUCCUUCUCUGGGUGCUGGACUCAGCCAAUCUGAUAUCUCCAGCAUUGAGUUAUUAUGUGGCGUACCAAGAUCCUUACUAAUUUUGCUGAACAAAUGCAGUACACUUGCCAAUCAUCGCAACUUCUUCAUGAGAAAGAACUUGCACCCGCGCAAUUUCCCCAAAAUCUGUUGCGACAUUGAGGAAGAGCUCAAAAAUUGGAGACUAGAUUGGGAUCUUCUCAUAGCUGACGGCGAGAUGAAGGAGGACAUGACUGAAAACACCAUUCGCUACAAGAGUCGUCUUCACGAAGUCAUGUUCCACAGUGCUAUGUGCUUUCACGACUCUUUGGUUGUUUAUUUCUACCGACUACUGAAGGACAUCUCACCGGCCCUGCUUCGAAGUCGAGUUGAGAGUUGUAUCGAUCACUUGGAGAAACUUACAAGCUUAAGUGAAGACACUGAUCAUAAUAUGCAAUUGAACCCUUCUCGUCAUUUUUGGCCCUUUUUCAUAUGUGGUUGUGACGCGAUAGGACCGUCGGUGCAGCAAAGAUACCUGGCGUUGUUUGAGAGAUGGAGAUCUACAAAAUGGAUAGGGAAGCAGAUAAUGCUGGAAGUCUGGAGAUCUAGAAGCGAAAGUGAUGAAGAAAAGUCUUGGAUUGAUGUUAUAAAAGACUGGAAAUUCACUACCUACCAUUGA